AUGCUGAUAGGAAUACUCAAUCCACUAUACUCGCAAGUUGCUACAGUGUCAACUCGUCGACUCCGGCCGUUAAGGGAUUCCACUACUGCACUACGCUGGGGGCCGGAGCCCAGUGGUAUCCCUGAGGUUCCCUCAGGGUCGAAAACUCCUUCUCAAAGUCCUCCCCUAGAGCUCUGUGCCAGUCCCGAGACUGAGCAUGGUUCUCCGGUUAACAAUUCACUGGAGCACAGGGGGGAGGCCGCGCAAACCAUCCCGGAAGAGUGUGAGAGGCUCUUCUGCGACAAACUGUCCGCUAUUUUCCUUGGUGAGGGGAGAAUUUCGAGGCAGGAGUCGCUGGGGAUGGGUGCGUACCCAACCGUACCCAACCAAUUAGGAGGGUUCGUCACCGGCAUGAAUGACGACAGAACACUCUUCGUAUUCUUCGGAGACAGUGAACUAGGACAAGGUCUCAAAACGGGUCUAAUCGCUCUUUUCGAGCUGGCCAGCACUCCUAGCUUUGCGUGUUCACAAAUUGUGGCAUGCGUCCCUCGCUCCCAAGUUGCAACCGAGCUCGCCGUAAUUAGGAAUCUAGGAUGGUGCGGGUUUGCCUUGUCGACAUUGCAACCCUGGAGUCUGGAACAUAUACCCGAGCCUUCGCUGAGUACCAGAUGGCUGUUUAUGAGCGCUGAAGUUUGA